GUGACGCAUGUUGUUCAGCAUCUAAUUCUGAAGACGACGAAGAAGAAAAAGCGCACUAUCUGACAGAAAAUGGCCGACCGGCGGUGUGGGGAUCAUCUCCUUCUGCUCCAAGAAGCACACAUUUAAACGGUCCUACGUUAUACCAGCCACUGUUGCAUCCUAUAGCAGAGAACAACAUCAUGUUUAAAAAGGCGAAACGAGCUAACUUUCGACGGAGGAAUGAGUCGGACGAGGACGAUCCGGAGGAGAGUCGGCAGCAGCAGCAACAGCAGCAGCCGCUGGCGCCGCUCUCUUUCGGGCCUGUGGCGGAGGAGAUCCCGUUCAUGGAGACCUCCAGUUCCAGCUCCAGCGUUACCGCAGCAACUAGCAGCACGGAGAGCUACCACAGCAACGGCUUCCAGGCGCUCGGUAACAGUAUACGAGCUGUCAAGAAGGAAAAGAAAGUGAAAGAAGCAGCUGUCGUUGCAGCAGCGGUGCCAACUGGACCCACUAAAGCCAGCCUGCUGAGUUUCGACGAAGAUGACGAAGGACCCGAGGUGUUCAGAGUGAAGAAGUCCAAUCACAGCAAGAAGAUUGUCAAACAGCUGAAGAAGGAAUACAAGGAGGAUCUGGAGAAGUCUGGAGUCAAACAGGAGUUCAGAUCAGAUGCUGCACCUCAGCCUCUGGUUACCAUCAAAGAGGAAGUUACUAGCAGAGCGGGUAGUGAACACGGGGAGGAAGAAAUGGAGGUGGACAGUGCUGAUGAGCAGGACGAAGAGGCGAAGGGUCAAGGUGGCCAGGCACAAGGUCAAGUCUCCAGGAGCAACAACACUGGAGCGACGUUCAACACGCUUUCCUCCCUCGGCAGCUUGAAGCCAGGGGAGAUUCCCGAUGCUGCAUUCAUCCAUGCUGCGAGAAAACGCCGGCAAUUGGCUAGAGAGCUGGGGGGUGAAGCCCCUCUUGUAGAGACAGAGACUCCCAAGAAACGCAUGGCACGAGAAGACCAAGAUGUCAGCGACGACGAAGACGAGGAAGAGAAGAGGAUCCGCUUCAGCGGAGUCAAAAACAAAACCCAGAGACAAAAGAUUGCAGAGGAGAUAGGUAUUGAGGGUAGUGAUGACGAGGCGCUGGAUACAAGUCAGCAGGAUGAGGAGGUGAACCGUUGGGAGCAGGAGCAGAUUAGGAAAGGAAUCAGCAUACCCCAGGUCCAAAGCAGCCAGCCAGAGGACAACACAGUCUACUACCAGAACAGCUACGAGAGCCAACCCUACGGCUCCUCCUACAGCAUGCCUUUCAACUACAGCACAAUGGCCCCACUGGCGGCCAAGGCAACUGGCCGAGCAGACAACGGCUCUGUUCACUACGGGACUUCUAUUAGUGAUCUAACCCCGGUAUCCAUUGAUCUGGUAAAGAAACGCCUGCAGGAUAGGCUCGGCCAGAUGCGCGCAGGCCACGACGCAAACGCCAGGCGCAACAAACAGAUCGAAGAAGACCUGGCUGCCUCCGAGAGCGCCAUACAGCAGCUUGAGGGUUCGUCCAAUGACAAUGCAGAUCAAUAUAAAUUCUUGCAAGAGAUGCGAGGGUAUGUUGGAGACUUGCUUGAGUGUUUCAGUGAAAAGGUUCCUGCUGUCCUGGAGCUGGAGGCUGCCAUGCACCAGUUACUAAGGCAACGGGCCUCACGACUUGUCCAGAGAAGACAGGAUGAUAUUAAAGAUGAAUCGUCGGAGUUUGCAAGCCUUUCAAGUAAAGCCGUCAUGGCUCCCAAUCUGGAUUCGUUUGGUCGAGACCGCGCCGCAUACCAAGAGAACAGUCGCCAGAGGAGGAUAGCGGAAAGAGAAGCACGACGAACUCGGCGGCGACAAGCUAGAGAGCAGAAUGGAAAGAGGGCUGAGCAUAAAGAAGGCUUAUCAUCCGAUGAUGAGGAGACCUCUACUGACAUCACCGGCUUCAACAUAGAGAGAGAUCGUAUCAUCAGGGAAUGCAAGAAAGUAUUUGAGGACGUGGUGGAGGACUUUCAUUCUCUCGACUGCAUCAAAUCCCAUUUUGAAGUGUGGAGGAGAGAGUAUGCCGACUGCUACAGAGACGCUUACAUAGGCCUCUGUCUGCCCAAGCUCUUUAACCCUUUAGUCCGUCUGCAGCUGAUUACAUGGAACCCUCUCGAGGCUCAGUGUGCAAAUUUCGAGUACAUGCUCUGGUUCGAGUCGCUGCUGUUCUACGGCUUUGAGGAGCACAGCACGUUGCAGAGAGGAGACGGGGAUAUCAGCUUGCUGCCUGCUAUUGUGGAGAAGGUCAUCCUCUCCAAACUGACAGUGUUGGCAGAGCAAGCGUGGGACCCGCUGUCAAACAGUCAGACCGCCAGGCUGGUGGGCUUCAUUCACAGACUAAUGAAAGCUUACCCCACUGUGCUGCAUGGGGACAACCGAUACACACAGGAGCUUUUGAAAACUAUUGUCUUCAGGACCAGGCGGACUCUGGAUGAAGAUGUCUUCCUUCCACUUUACCCCAAAAGUGUGUUGGACAACAAGAAUAGCGGUCCCUACCUAUUCUAUCAGAGGCAGUUCUGGUCCUGUGUGAAGCUGCUGGGCAACAUCCUGCAGUGGGAUGGUAUCUUAUCCUCUUCCUGUCUGAGGGAUCUGGCGUUGGACAGCACUUUGAAUAGAUACGUCCUCUCUGCGCUGCAGACCACAGAUACGGCGGAUGACAACGUCGCGAAGUGCCAGAAGGUGGUGGAGUGUUUGCCAGUUCAGUGGUUCUCUGGACUGAAGGGCCAGCGCACGUUGCCUCAGUUGGAGCCAUUCUGUCGCUACCUCACCCACCUGGCCAACUCAUUGCACCGCAGCAGUUUGGGCGGGUCUGAUGUGGAACGGCGCAAUAUCAAGGACCAAGUGAAAGAGGUUGUGAAGAUGUUGGGCCACAUGAACGCCCUGGACCACAUCAUCACCGUGGCAGCAGAGCAUGGGGUCAAAGACAUCAAGCUACUUUUGGAAGCCAAGUCGUAGAGGAAGGAGGACAUGGCAACUUUUCAUUCAUCUUUUGUCGUGUUCAGCACAUUUUGAAGCCACGGAAUCACUGAAGUUGGAUUCCUGGGCAAAAAAAAAGUGUGCGUAAAAUGGAUUUAAAAUAAAACUUGACAGUUGCUACCUUACCUGAAAAGAGAAGGCAAAGUGUAAAUAUUGUGAAUAAUGUAUAGAAAGGUGUGCUCAUUAUGCUCAACGCAAGACUGAUGCUGAAAUGAGGCCUUGUCGGCUCAAAAAGACCUUUCAGUUAUACAGUACUACAUGCUGGCAGUAUUUUAAAUGCAUAAUUUAUUCAGAGUAAACAAUUGUUGACAUGGGUUAUAUGUUUGGCAAAUGUCUGAUCUCUAAAUGGACACAAUAUUCAACCUGGCUAUCUGUUUAUUUCUCUCACUCACUCUACUUUUAUGUGCCAAAAGAGCUCGUUGGCCCAAAAGGUAGAAGUUGCACACUGGCAAAGACUGACAACCAACUGGUCUCCCAGUACUCAGUGGCUCAGUUGGCAUGUUAUUUGAUCUCCACUUCACCCUACAAGUUCCUCUGUGUCACCCACGGACUACCCAGAUGACCCUACCGCAGCCGAGAGCUUCGUAUUCAGAUUUGUAAGACUUUUGUUUUAGCAUUUUAUUUGCCUGUGAAUAAAAUAUUCAUUUGAAUGAU